CAGAAUGUGCUCUUCAGGGCUGCAGGCUCUGCACAGCGUUGCAUGGUAAUUGUUCUUGUGUGGGUGUGAAGCGCUUUGGGGUCCUUGUGAUGAAAGGUGCUAUAGAAAUGGGAAUUGUUGUUGUUGGUCCAAAAAAGAUAUGUCUUUGUGCACAGUAUUUAAACUGUUUGUAUGUGUCCUGUAUGUGCACAGUGUUUAAUGUUUGUAUGUUAUAUUUACCGGUAGAAUGUGUUUUAUAAUUUCAGGUAGCAUCAGAAAUGGUUCUUAUGACAUUGGCAUAGCCUGUGGAAUCACAUCGGAGAACGUGGCAGAGAGGUUUGGUAUUUCCAGGCAGAAACAGGAUGCCUUCGCUGUGUCUUCUCAACAGAAAGCAGGGAAAGCUCAGAAGCUGGGUCUGUUCGCGUGGGAGAUCAUUCCGGUGAGCACCAAGUUUGAGGACAGCGAAGGGAACGAGAAAAGGAUAACAGUGACACAGGACGAUGGGAUCAGAGCAGGAACGACGCUUGAAGGACUGGCCAAACUCAGACCUGCCUUCAAGGAGAACGGCAGCACGACUGCAGGUAAUGCCAGCCAGGUGAGCAAUGGCGCGGCGGCUGUGCUGGUGGCCAGGCGCUCUGCGGCUCAGCAGCUGGGUCUGCCGGUGUUGGGGGUGCUGAGAGCCAGUGCUGUGGUGGGGGUGCCCCCUGAUGACAUGGGAAUCGGGCCAGCCUACGCCAUCCCCAUCGUACUGCAGCAAGCAGGUCUAACAGUGGAUGAUAUUGAUGUAUUUGAAAUUAAUGAGGCUUUUGCCAGUCAGAGCCUAUGGUGUUGUGUCCAUGUGUAUCGGAACUGGAAUGGGGGCCGCUGCAGUCUUUGAAUACCCAGGCCAAUCAAAUCUUCAGAAAGUACAGUUCAGAGUGCAAACAAGUUCUAACUAACGGGACCAAUAACAUUUUGUAGCAAUGGAGAUUUGAAGCGGGUGUUGGUUGGUAUAAUUGUUUGAAUUGUUAUUGUUUGUCCUUUUUAACAAUACCAGCACUAAUGAAUGAUAAGUUUGAGAUGUUUAAUGGGCAGGUGUCAAGAGAUUGUUUAGUUACUGGCAACUGAAUUUCAUUUGCAACUGCAAACAAUAAUAACACCAUGUAGAAAUAAAGUUUAAUGGAUAUUUGAAUCACUCGUCAGAAAGAUGACAAGUCACAGAACUGAAUUGUAAAGAAUAAAUGUUAAAUUAAAAAUCUCUUCAAUUGUAAUAGUAACAGACAGAGAGAAGAAUUAAUUGCACCUACUGUAGCAGUCACUAAAAUAGCAACCUUCAAUCAGGUAGUCACAAGGCUGUGGUUAUUAAUUAGGGUCCUAUUGAAAUUGAACUGUGGUGAAUUCCUCUCUGUUGCAUUAGCAGGUAUCCGUGAGUAAGGAUUCAAAUCUUUCAUCAUGUGAUCCUCUCCCCCUGACCUCUAAUCUAA